UCCAAAUAAGCAAAAAUAAUCCCAACAAGGGAAAUGGAGUAAGUCCCUGUUUCUGCUGGAUAUGCAGAGUGCUGAGCUGUGUUCUCUAAAAGGGAAACAUGAAUUCUAGGAACAACUGAGGUCGGGAGUAGGAAAAAUGGAUGGAGAGAAACACAGUUUCCUUCUCAGAGAGACAGAAGGGAGACAGGGAGAAGUGAACCCACCCUGCUUUCCAGAGGUGUUUUCUAGAGCAAAGCCCCGAGUGGAGCCCAAGGUGACCGUGUACCCCACCAAGACCCAGGCCCUGCAGCACCACAGCCUCCUGGUGUGCUCUGUGAGUGGCUUCUACCCCGGCCACAUCGAAGUCAGGUGGUUCCGGAACGGCCAGGAGCAGGAGGACGGGGUGGUGUCCACAGGCCUGAUCCGGAACGGGGACUGGACCUUCCAGACCCUGGUCAUGCUGGAAACAGUUCCUCGGAGCGGAGAGGUUUACGUCUGCCGGGUGGAGCACCCGAGCUGGAGCAGCCCCGUCGCCGUGGAGUGGAGGGCACAGUCUGGACCUUCACAGAGCAAGAUGCUGAGUGGAGUCGGGGGCUUUCUGCUGGGUCUGCUCUUCCUCGGGGCGGGGCUGUUCAUCUACUGCAGGAAUCAGAAAGGACACUCUGGACUUCAACCACAGGACUCCUGAGCUAAGGGGAGGUGACAGCCCUGCAGGAGGACCGUGUCCCUGCUUCUCCAGGUCUCUUCCACGUCCAGACCGGAUUCCCGCUCGGCUCUCGUUCUCCCACAGACAGAGGCCCAGGGUGCACAGGACUCUUCCUCCCUGAGGCCUUCUCUGCUCCUCGCCACCCCAAAGCCCCGGCACAGACUGCAGCCUCCCUUCAUGUCUCCUGGACCCUCUGUGGUUACCGUUUACCUCCUCCACCUGCCAAACUUCCCUUAGGAGACUUUGCUUUGCCACUUUC